CUCGCCAUUAUUCAGUCCCCCACCUCACCCACCAAAGAAAACUUAAUAAACCCAAAAAGAAACAUAUCCGAAUCCCUAGAACCCUCGCUUUCUCUCCUCUGCCGUUGACUGAUUCUCUUCCUCUCUGCAUCACCUUCUCUAAACUUUUUUCGUUUUCUUUCUCGCUUUAAAUACAACCAUUCCUCCAUUUCCAUUUCCAUCGCUCUCAGAGGCCACACCAUCAGUGAAGAACUAGGAACUCGAAAUCUUCACGCCAUGGCGUACAAUAGCAGUCUACUCUGCCCUCACCCUUCCUUAGCUUGGGACCUCAACAACGUCGGAGUUUUCAACGCAGACAUGUCUCUUGUUAUGGAGUCUACGGCACCAUUCUUCUUGUCGCCGGCCGAUUUUUCGACUGGAUAUCUACAAGAUGCAUUGGUGGAGUGGGGUGACCGUUGUAAGCAAAGACGCUUGCAGUUUUAUGACAGUGAUCAAACAGCUGGUUUCGAUCACUUUGUACAGAACUUCUCGAACUCGAAUUGCACCAAAGACCCACCUGAGAAUUUUCACUGCUUGAGCCAGAUUUCCGAUAGUCAUGGAAUUUCAGAUGAACUUUUAAACUCUUCAAUUAGCAGCAUCAGCGAUGAAGAAACAGUGGUGUUUUCGGAGUUGAAGACACCAGAAGAGACAGUAGUGUCAGCCCCUGAAACACACAAUACAUCUGCUUCAUCUUACAAGAAUCCACUGAAGACUAGCAGCAUAUGUGACAAAGACACCCUACUCACAAGAGAUCCUCUAUCAUCUUCUGAAGGUCGCUGUCAAAAGAAGAACAAAGUAAUAACAGGCGUGGUCUACCCAUUUGCACUGGUGAAGCCUGGAGGAGAAGUUGAUGGGACCAUAACACUCAAUGACAUAAACGAGAGGAUCCUCAUGCCUCCUACCAGGCCUGUACGUCACCCAGUAGGGGACUUCGCUUGCCGCCCAUGUGUUUGUCGAAAUGGGCUCGGCCUCUCUGGGAAAUCAGUGGUGGCCCUAACAAGAAUCCACACACAAGGGAGAGGAACAAUCACAAUUAUCAGAACAAGAGGUUGAGCCUUGAGGAGUGCUUGUUUAAGCUUAAUUAAUAAAUGCUUGCUUCUUUUUCUUUCUUUUCUGUUCUUCUUUCAUUUCUCUUUUGUUUUUCAUUUUUCAUUGUAUAUAUAAGAUAUAUAUGUGUAAAGUUUGGAUUUCUUAACUAAACUAUGCCGAAAGAGUGAAAGGUUUUGGACUACAU